CCCCCAACUUUCACCGCCCCACAGCUCUGCCGCCAUCACCAUGGACCCGGCGAAUUGGAGCAGUUUUAUCUUCCAGGCCCCGCCGCCGCCGCCGCCUCCUGCCGCCGCCGCCGAGCCGUUACCGGUGGAUCUGCUCCCCGUCCUCCCUUCCCCCCCGCCCGAAACCACCCCCACCCCCACCACCGUCGACGCCGCCGCCCUCAAACCCCCCAUCCCCGAACCUUCCCCGCCCGCCGCGCCCGCCAUGACGCCCGCCGUGACGUCGCCGCCCGCCGAGCCGCCGCGCAAAUCCAAGAGCAAAGGGCCCUACAUCUGCUCGCUCUGCGCCAAGGAGUUCAAGAACGGUUACAACCUCCGCCGCCACGAGGCCAUCCACACCGGCGCCAAACCUGCCCGUCCCGGCAACGCCGCCAUGAAGAUGCCGACCAUGGUGCCGUUGAGUUUGUUGAGCGUCGGAGGGUUGGGCGGAGGCGAAACGGGCGGGACGACGUCAUCGACGGCGGCGGCGGCGGCGGCGGCGGCAUCGGCGAGCGGGCCUAAGCGGGCGAGGAAGAACCACGCGUGCGAGAUGUGCGGCAAGGCGUUCCGCGACGUCUACCACCUCAACCGGCACAAGCUGUCGCACUCGGACGAGAAGCCGUACCAGUGUCCCGUCUGCCAGCAGCGCUUCAAGAGGAAGGACAGGAUGAGCUACCACGUGCGCUCGCACGACGGCGCCGUCCACAAGCCCUACGUCUGCAGCCACUGCGGCAAGAGCUUCUCCAGGCCCGACCACCUCAACAGCCACGUCCGGCAGGUCCACUCCACCGAACGCCCCUUCAAGUGCGAGACCUGCGACGCCGCCUUCGCCACCAAGGACCGGCUGCGGGCGCACGCGGUGCGGCACGAGGAGAAGGUGCCGUGUCACGUCUGCGGGAAGAUGCUGAGCGCCGCUUACAUCACCGACCACAUGAAGGUGCACGGCCAGGGGCCCAACCACGUCUGCGAGCUCUGCAACAAAGGCUUCACCACGGCGGCGUACCUGCGGGUGCACGCGGUGAAGGACCACGGGGUGGCGGCUCCCCGCCCCCGACGCCUCCUCUGCAAACUCUGCGGGGUUCACUGCAAGACCCCCGCCCAGCUCAGCGGCCACCUCCAGACCCACGGCGCGCCCCCCCCCGCCGAGGGUCCCGCUCCCCAGGGGGGGCCGUCGCUCCGCUGACGCGCCCACAGGUUCGGGCGAGCCCUGCCCCAUGGCGACCCCCGCGCCCCCCGGCGGGGCCGUGGCCGUGCUGCCCAUGGAGGGGGGGGUGGGGCAGCCCUGGUGAGGGGGAGGGGAAUGGGGGGAGGGGAAACACACAGACCCACCCCCCCCACACACACCCUCUGCCCCACAGCGGGCUGCCCCUCCCCCCCUCACGGCUGUGGGGCACCCCACGGCGCUAUGGGGCCUAAGCCCCGCCCCCCCCUCCCGCGCGCGCGUGGGGGGGGUGGGGGGGGUGGGGAGGGGGCGGGGUUUUGUAUCGCGCGUC